CUCUGGGGAGUUCCAUUGGAGCUCCUAACAGGUGCUUCUGUCGUCUGGUCUUCAUGUUUCAGUGCAACCCCCGCAUCUUGCCCGAAAGAAAUCGUCGAAAACGGGUGCUCCGAAUGAGCUGACUACACGGAGGAAGCGGGUCCGUUGCUGCCUUCUCGGAAGCAGCGAUGGGGUUUCACGUCCUUGCGACCGUAGGCCUUGCGGCCAUUUUGAUUUCGAGGGCAGACAGCGGAAGGAACACAAAUGACCAGAACUACGAGUCACUCUAUCUGACGCCGUACAUCGAAGCGGGCCAGAUCGACAUAGCCAGGAACUUGAGCCGAGUGAAGUUGUUCGAGCGCUACAUCGGGGCAGAGACACACUCUGGCUACAUCACCGUCGACAGGUGGAAGAAAAGCAACCUCUUCUUUCUCCACAUUCGCGCCCUGAAAAACCCGGAUGCCUACCCGCUUCUUCUCUGGCUUCAAGGUGGUCCGGGACUAUCGUCCCUAUUCGGCGAGUUCCUCGAGAUCGGACCCCUCGGCAUCGACGACAAUGGGCGCCUUUUCCAAAGACGGAACUCCCUCCAGAGGCACGUGAACGUCGUCUACCUCGACCAGCCACCGGGAGCCGGCUACAGCUUCACCAAGCUAUCGCUGGGAUACGCCAAUAACCUGGACGACGUCGCCAGCGGCGUGCUCAAGUUCCUCGACCAGUUCAUCAUGAUGUUUCCCGAGUACAAAAACCGAACGUUCUACGUGGGAGGAGAGUCUUACGGCGCCAGGUUCUCCGUCGGCGUAUCUCACGCCAUCCAUUCCGGCAAGGAACCACACGUACCGCUACACCUUCGAGGCGUGAUCCUCGGCGCCGGCUUCCUAGGGCGCCUCAUGAAAGUGGCCGACUCGUCCGAGUUCCUCUACGAGAUGUCGCUGAUCACCAAGAAGGGGCGAAAGAGCCUCGCAGAGAACUUCGCCGACAUGAGACGCAAGGCGAGGACCUUGAUAGGCAAGCUGGCCGCUCUGCUGCGGCUCCGGAAGACCAUCUUCACGUCGGAGAAGAAGCCCACGCUGUUUCAGAGGCUCACGGGCUUCAACAACCAGGCGAGCGCGCUCUACUCCGAGAAGCCCCUCAACAUGUUGAAGUACGAGAAGUACGUGCAGAGCGACGAGUUCAAGCGAGCCGUGCACAUCGGCAAGGACGUCGAGUUCAUGAAGGCCGAGGGCAGGGUGUCGACGAGCCUGAAAAACGACUACUUGACCGACAUCAGCGCCGAGAUAGAGGACCUCCUGCAGUCGUACAAGGUGCUCUUCUACACGGGACAGAUGGACACGCUCUUCCCGUCACGGAACCUGCAGGAAUACUUCCGGUCCCUGAACUGGACUGGCGCCGAGGAGUUCCGGAAAGCGCAGCCGCUUCACUGGAAGGCGUUCCCCACGUGUCAUUCGGUUUCCGGUCUCCUCGUGAGGGUGGGAAGCAUGACGGACGUGGUCGUCUUCAAAGCGGGACACUACACAGCCGUCGACGAACCGGAAGUGGCUAAUAGGAUGAUGUUGAAUUUCAUUGAGGAUAACGCGACAGCGUGGGGGACGUACGAUGAUGAAGCAAAGUUCCAAGAGAAAGCAUAGGCUAUGUUCACAAAGGAUAAGGCACUAAUGCGAUCUCGUGAUGUAUUCGUUAAAUCUAUGCUGUACACUUUCGAAGUUUCCACUUAGCGAACUGCAGUGCGCAGUGGAAAUGACCGCCUGUGUCUGCUUGCUCGUCGCGACCACUGCUUACUUCGAAAUAGAGCCAUAACUACUCAAUUGUAAUGCUAAUGAUAUGAUUUCUUUAUCUAGUCCUUUUAUCUGAAUAGCCUUUUUUUCUACGUCAUUUUCGAUGCUUUUGAAACGGGACGAGGGGUCCAACCGUGGGAAGAAAUAAAGCGAUUUGUCGUUUAUGAAGAACAGUUGGAAUGAACACGGCGUCGACAGAGAUUGCUGCAUUGUAAGUGAUGUCCACAAACGAUGACCUGCGACUAAAAAUGGCACUGCCAAUAAAAAGAAAUAUGUCAAACAGGAA